AUGCCGCAGGAUUCCAACUUGUACGGCCAGCGGCCAGCCAAGAAGCAGAUACGAGGCAAAAUCAUGUCAACUUCCAUGGACUUUGCCGCCCAACUAACAUCGCUUCUCUCAAUUGCAGCCACGCAGGACCCGACGUCGCGACCUCGGCCCUCCAAGGGGUCCAAGGGGUCCAAGCAGGACAUUUUCCGCAGCAGCAGACCCGCAAAUUCGCAAGGCGCCGGCUCCAAGCUGGUGCUCAGAGACGUGGCGGGAACGGAGGAGGAGGCGCAGGAGCUCGCCCGCGCGAGGCGGAAGAUGAAGAACAAGGCCCGGCUUUACGCUGCCAUGAAACGCGGCGAUUACGUGCCCAAGGAAAACGAAGUAGAGCCGCUGGUCGACUUUGAUCGGAAAUGGGCCGAGGGCAAAGAGGGCGCCCUCUCGGCCUCGGACAGCAGCUCCGACGAGGACGACGGCGACAACGAUAAGGAGGUGAUUGAGUGGGAUGACGAGUUUGGCCGGCGGCGACAGGGCACCAGGGCCGACAAGGAGAAGAUGGAGCGGAGGGCGCGCCGAGCCCUGCUGGGAGCCGAGGAGCUGGAACUCAUGUCAGCGCGGCCCUCGGCGCCGGGCAAUCUCAUCUACGGAAACACUAUCCAGUCCAUGGCCUUCAAACCCGAGGCUCCGGAGCAGAUGGAGGCGCUGGCGCGUAAGCGCGACCGAAGCGAGACGCCGCCGGCACCGACCCACUACGACCCCGACGCGGAGAUUCGGGACAGAGGCGUGGGCUUCUUCAAGUUCAGCAAGGUCGAGGAGGAGCGGGUUGCGCAGAUGAAGUCGCUCCAGGAGGAAAGGGAGCGGACGGUGCGGGCGCUCAAGGCGCGCGAGGAGGAAAAGCAGUUGCGCAAGCGGCAGAUUGAGCAGCGCCGGAGAGAAAUGGGGGCGCGGCGAGCGCGGCACCAGGCAGACAGCUUUCUGGACGGGCUGACGGAGUAG